AUGACCUUCCCUCCCCCUCCUCCUUCCUCCCAAUCGUCGAUUGCUUCUGGCACCGAUAAAUCCUCUUCGACCAGGCCGGCAAGGUCACAGCAAUCUCCUUGGGGUCCGUCUGUGUCCCAGUCCAGUGUUCGGCGUGGGUUGACUCCACUUGCGACCAACAACCUCUCUUCACUCGCCUCAGCUUCUCGGGGGCCACCUCAGUCCAACAGUCCUGGUCCAGGUGGUUCAACCGCGUCUCCUCUGACUUCCUCCUUUUCCGCCGUUCUGAGCUCCGCUAGGGGCCAUCCUGUUGGUCGGAACGUACCCUCGCCAGCCUCCACGCCCUCACCGUUCGCCUCCUUUCAAUCUGGCUCGCAACAGCACCAGCAACCCGGGCAGUCUCUCUCCUCACCUAAAUUCAGAGCUCACACCCCGUCUUCAGGGUCACAUCUGGCUUCCGCAGCGGGUUCUGUUGCGGGUGGUGGAGGCUCCGGGGGAGGCGGAGGUGGGACGGGAUCUUCCAGAGGCGCCACCUUCUCUCCGUUGUUGUCCGGUACAACCGUGAAUUCACCUACGGGCUUUCCCUCUGACAAGCCAGGAUCGGCAGCUUCAGGCUCUGCUGCUCACGCGAGCCAGUCAUCGUUGACGAAGAUAUCCAUCGCACAGGUUUUCCUGCUCCUAGAUUCUAUCACGGAGAAAGAGGGUAGAGAAAAGUGGGAGACCAAAGCUGCUCAAAUUCAUAAACUUGUUGAGUCAAACGGAAUGGAGGUCUUCUCCAAAUACUUUCGCCGCUUGCUUACGGGCAAUGCCCCGCAAAUUUUCCCCGGCGUCAACAAGUCCGUGGAAAAUGCUGGCAAUUAUCCGCUCCUAGUUCAGGAGAUGCAGAAAGUGUCUCAGGAUAUAGAACAGGCUCAGAAGAUCGCAGAGACCGUCGAUACAUCCGAGGGUGAUAUCUUCCGCGAUUUCGAUCUCUCCACAUUUUUGGAUCACUUUAAACUCGAUCCUCUUGUGAAGGUUUCUCUCGCGCUGGCUUUCAAAACCGCUAAUAAGUCGGACUUGCGUGCUAAAGGUGAGUUGUUUAGUCCGACUAUGAGACUCUGUUCUAAGUCAACUGACGAAUGCUUUCUGGCAGCUGAUGCGAUAAUCUCCAAUUCCAUAACACCGUUCCUGCAAAGCCUGGCAACGCUGUCUGAUGUCAGCAAGGAUUACAAGAAUUCUUUCAUUGGCAUGACAAUCGAGCGGUUCAUACUGUAUCCGCCUAGGAAUUUUACAGAUGAAGUGAAAGGGAAAUUGGUGUAUGCGGCGAACUUACGCUAUCAGAAGUUGGGCGUGGACAUGCCAUUUGAGGUUGCGUCUGCCCUUCAGAUGUUUAAUUUCAUUAACCCCAGGUAUACACUUGUCCGCCAACUUCACUCAAGAGGACCGAAAGCAACCUCGAAUGCCGAUGCCGUCACUGAGACCAUAAACGCAAUCGGCCCCGAGUGUUGGGGCGAAGAGCAUAUUGCCAGUGCGCUGCUUUUCCUUGUACUCUGUCAGCAUUGGCGCGAGUUCUCCCUGGAGACUUUCCUCGGGGCUGUUCAGGCACACUAUGGCGAGAAGCGAAUCAAUUGGUCUCUCAUCUUCCGCAGCUUCGACCGUGAGGGCUUAAGGCUCGAUGCUCGACAAUUCACGAAGCUGUAUGCGGUCCUAUUGGCUGCAGCUACGGAUGAUUCAACCCUAGAUAUUCAGAAGCUUUGGGGUGGUGAUUGGGAGCAUCGUGACACACAGAUGUCCUUCCUGACCGCUUUCAUUGCUUCCAGGACAGACGUGUCCCAAGUUCCGAACCUGCGCGCCACCUUUCCCUCCGACUUCUUUGCCGAUGGUCCCGAGCUCGUUCGUUUACAAGGCGAACGUGCUGCAAAAUCGCCACUCCGGUCUUUGGACGCUAUGAGGGCCAUAUUCGAUCUGGCAUUAUUUUCCCAAGCAUCUUGGGCUGCCGCGGAAAGUCAACUUAUGAUCAAGGCGGUUGUCCAGUAUGAUCUGCCUGUUUUCCUGUGCUCAGCCCUUUCUCUCCCUCAGCCUUGGACGAGUGUGCAGCAGAGCUUUGUCCUUCGAACUCUGAUCGUUUUCAUACUCAAACAAGAGGAAGGAUAUCAUUUGGCACUGCACGGGGCCUGGCGUCAAGAUCGUCAGUGGGUUGCGGAGCAACUCUUCACGACUUUCACGCAGGACCCGACGUCUACUGCUGCCAUCUAUGAACAUGCUGUUGACUUUGGUUGGCUCGACUAUCUUCUGGGAUACACGAAUGGUCUCGCUAUGGACCUUGCUUGCUACGCUCAUCGUAAAGGGCCCUUUGACUUGGAACAGUGGGUUCGUAAUGCGGCACAGAAAGGUCCCAUGGAUAUGGGAAGCCUACUAUCCAAGUUUCUGAGGAUUAAGGCAGAAGACGAGCUUCACGUCCAAAGGAAGGAACAGUCGGCUCCCCAGAUGGUUAGUCUUGCGGUCAAAACGGUGUUCACGUUGCUGUCGGUGCUCGAAGAAUAUGUCGGUGACCGUGAAAAUCUUACUCCUGUCCAACGGAUAUGCAUUCAGACUUAUCCGCGACUCAUCAACUACGGGGAAGGUUUCGACGACAUCAUUGACGCCAACGGGGAGAACGGAAAUUCGUUGCCUGAGGCAGUAGACAAGCAGAUGCAAGAGCUUUUUGGCAAGAUGUAUCACGAGGAGCUCUCACUCAGGGAAAUCCUUGAGCUAAUGAGAAGAUAUAAGUCUUCCCGUGAACCAGCCGAGCAGGACCUAUUCGCUUGCAUGGUGCAUGGCCUUAUUGACGAAUAUCAUUGCUAUCAUGAAUAUCCCCUGGAGGCACUGACCAAAACAGCUGUGAUGUUUGGUGGCAUCAUCAACUUCCGGCUGGUGGACGGCAUUACCCUGAAGGUCGGUUUGGGCAUGAUUCUGGAGGCGGUGCGUGAUCAUGAAAUGCAUGAUCCUAUGUACAAGUUCGGUGUCGAGGCGAUUGAGCAGUUGAUCAACCGUCUUCCGGAGUGGGCUGGCUUCUGCCAUCUGCUCCUACAAAUACCUACCCUGCAAGGCACUACGAUCUACCAGAAAGCCGAGGAAGUUCUGCGUGAGCAAGGGAGUCAAGUUAGGGAUGAGGCUGGAAGGGCGGACAGUAUUCCGGGUGCUGCCGUGAACGGGAACGUUGACGAGAACGCGACCGCGGACGGAUCGACUCGUAAAUUCGUUUCCGUUCAUGUUGAUCCGCUUAUCAGACCUGAGGUCUAUCGUGAUCCUGACGAAGAUGUCCAAGACAAGAUUCUCUUCGUGUUGAACAAUGUGUCCGAACAAAACAUUGAUGAAAAGCUGCGUGACCUCACGGAUGUUCUUCGUGACCAACACCAUCAAUGGUUCGCGUCUUACCUCGUGGAGGAACGUGCGAAGUUGCAGCCGAAUUUCCAGCAGCUCUAUCUUGACUUGCUGGACCGUAUCAAUGACAAGUUGUUAUGGGCGGAAGUUCUGAGGGAAACUUAUGUCAGUGUCUCCAAGCUUCUGAAUUCCGAGGCUACAAUCAAUUCAUCCACCGAUCGCGGUCAUCUCAAGAACCUCGGUGCGUGGCUUGGAUCUUUGACUAUAGCCAAGGACAAGCCCAUCAAACAUAAGAAUGUUUACUUCAAGGGACUUCUCUUGGAGGGAUUCGAUAGCCAGCGCCUGACUAUUGUGAUUCCUUUCACAUGCAAAGUGCUCGUCCAAGCCACGAAGUCCACGGUGUUCAACCCUCCCAAUCCUUGGCUGAUGGACAUCCUUGCAUUGCUCAUGGAACUGUAUCAUUUCGCUGAACUCAAAUUGAACUUGAAGUUCGAAAUUGAAGUUCUGUGCAAGGAUCUCGACCUCGAUCAUAAGACCAUUGAGCCUUCCGUCAUUAUCCGCGACCGCUCUGCUCACAUCGAAGAUGCGCUGUCUACGGCCAAUAUACCAGAUGGUCUAGAGGCGUUCGAGGACAUGACUCUCACAAGUAUCAACCAAGGAAUCCGCCACGAGCGUCUGUCACCCGCUGCCAUUAUGUCGACUCUCCCGAGCCUGGACAAGAUUCUUGUACUCCCGUCGUCUGCAAGCAGCAUGGUCGACCCGAAUGUCCUUCGGCAGAUAGUGCACAGCGCGGUCGAGCGUGCCAUCGCGGAAAUUAUCACCCCCGUUGUGGAACGCUCAGUUACCAUCGCAUCUAUCUCCACUGUUCAACUGGUGUCGAAGGACUUCGCAAUGGAGCCUGAUGAGGAAAGAGUGCGUCAUGCGGCUGGCAUAAUGGUUAGGCAAUUGGCUGGUAGCCUGGCUCUUGUAACCUGUAAAGAACCGCUCAAGGUGAGCAUGACCAAUUACAUUCGCAUGAUCCAGCAAGAGUACUCCGAUCAGCCAAUGCCUGAGGGGUUGAUUCUCAUGUGUGUCAACGAUAACCUGGAUGCUGCUUGCGGUAUCGUUGAGAAGGCUGCGGAGGAGAAGUCUCUUCCUGAGAUUGAGAAAGUCAUCGAACCCCAGUUGGAAGCUCGUCGGCGUCACAGAGCGGCCCGGCCUAAUGAGCCUUUCAUUGACCCAUCAAUGAAUCGCUGGGGCCUUUUCAUCCCCGAGCCUUACCGACAGGCCGCAGGGGGUUUGAACAAAGAGCAACUGGCAAUCUAUGAGGAAUUUGCCCGUCAAGCCCGUGGCCCCGCAGCGGCCCACGUUCAGAAUGUUUCCACCGAUUCUGGUCGUCAGCUUCCAGAUGUUCUUCAGGAACCAUAUUCGCCUAUCCCCAAUCUCUCUACUCCUGCAGAGCAGCCAGCUGUGCCCCAUAGGACACCACAGCCCCAGCAAGAUGCUCGGUUACAGCAGACUGGUCUUGUGGGCGCGCAAUCUCAGCUCAAUGGCUUCCUUGAGGCACAAAGCCCGCGUGAGAAGGUUGAGAGCAUAGUUUCCGAGUUACAGCAGGCAGCUCGGAACGCCCCUGAAGAACGCAUUCGGGACCUUGGCAGGGAGAGUGCUGUCCUCCAAGAGUACAACCAAGCACUCCGCACUAUCCUUGCCUCUCCAAACGGUGAAGAACUCGCUCGGCUCACUGGCCUCAGAAUCUGUACGACUCUAUAUUCGCAGACACCCGGGACAUUAGAGAUCGAAGUUCUCGCACACUUACUCGCGAAACUGUGCGAUAUGUCGACUCUUGUCGCCCGCUACACCUGGGCCAUACUUUCUGAGGUUGACGACGAGCACAUGUUCAACGUGCCAGUUACUGUUGCACUCAUCGAUGUCGGACUACUGGAUAUUCGUCGAGUUGACAUGAUCUUGACACGUCUUAUUCUUCAGAAGAACACUGCUGCCCUGGAUGUCCUCUCCAAUCUCAUGGACCGUGUUCUCUUCAGCGAAGAACCCUCUGCUCUAAGAUCUGACUUCUCGGGCAGUCUUGAAGCCAUGAGUCAAUGGCUUGCAGAGGAGUCGGAUGUUACUGUGGCCAACGACAUCAUUCGCAAGCUGCGUGAAUCCGGCAUUCCCGAAGUCGUCAAUCCGCUACUCAGUGACAAAGCCAGGUCCAAGCGAGAUCAGAUGGAGUAUAUCUUCAGCGAGUGGAUUGGUAUCUACAAGGCUCCAGGUGCCAUUGACCGCACCUACUAUUCGUUCCUUAAGGAUCUGCAUCAGCGACGGGUCAUGGACAAUCAAGAAGACUCGGCACUCUUCUUCCGCCUUAGCAUCGACAUUUCGGUUGCAAUGUUUGAUCACGAGUCGCAGAACCCUAGUGGCAGUCUUGAUGAGGCGUUCCUCUACAUCGAUGCCCUUGGCAAGCUGGUUGUCUUGCUUGUCAAAUUCCAAGGCGAGUCUACAGGAGCUGCCAAGACAAGCAAGGCAGCCUUCUUCAAUUCGACUCUCUCACUGCUCGUGCUUGUCCUGAAUCACCACCAUGUUAUGAGAGGCGAGGCCUUCAAUCAGCGUGUCUUCUUCAGGCUAUUCUCCAGCAUUCUCUGUGAAUAUUCCAUGAACGGGCUUCAGCAAAGCGAUCAGCAUCAGGACAUGAUGUUCGCCUUUGCUAAUAAAUUCCUGUCUCUUCAGCCCAAGUACUGCCCUGGAUUUGUUUACGGGUGGCUGUCGUUGGUCUCUCACAGAUUCUUCAUGUCCGGUAUGCUGAAUAUGCCGGAGCGGGCGGGCUGGGGACCGUAUUGCGAAAUCAUGCAGGCUCUACUCUCUUACAUUGGCGAGCAGCUCAAGCCGGCCAGUAUCUCUUACGUUGCUAAGGACUUGUACAAGGGUGUUCUUCGCAUCUUGCUGAUUUUGCAUCACGACUUCCCUGAGUUCGUGGCAGAGAAUCACUUCCAGUUCUGCAAUGUCAUCCCUGCUCAUUGCGCCCAGCUUCGGAACCUGGUCUUGAGUGCUUAUCCGUCAUCCUUCCACAAACUCCCGGACCCGUUCAGGGAGGGGCUGAAGGUUGAGCGUCUGGAAGAAAUGCGGGAAGCCCCGAGAAUCGCCGGCGAUACUGCUGGUCCGCUGGAACAGGCCAACAUCAAGAGUGCUGUUGACAGUGCACUACAGAGCACCAAUGCAUCUGACUCGGUCAUUCAGCAGAUCUCCGAUGCCGUGUACAAUCCUCCCACCAAGGAAACCGGCCCCUACUAUACGCCGAUCAACGUCAAUGUGGUCCUUUUGAAUGCGCUUGUACUUUACAUUGGUCAGAGCGCCGUGUCUGCGAAUGCGACCAAGAGCAACAUUCGCGCGGCCUUUGACAAUUCCCCUCACUCGGCCCUUCUCGAGAAGCUAGCAAAGGCCUUCCGGCCUGAGGCGCGGUACUAUCUAUUGAGCGGCAUGGCCAAUCAGCUCCGCUACCCCAACAGCCAUACCUACUUCUUUAGCUUCGCCAUUCUCCGUCUGUUCGGCACCGACUACUCGGAGCAGGACGAUUCUGACAUUCGUCAGCAAAUCAUCCGGGUGCUUCUCGAGAGGCUUAUUGUCCACCGCCCUCAUCCAUGGGGUCUCAUCAUUACCCUGCAGGAGCUACUUCAGAACCGGAGCUAUACCUUCUUCCGUCUUCCGUUCAUUCAGGCUGCGCCUGAGAUCGGCCGUCUGUUUGAUGCUCUCCUGCAGCACAUCCAGCAACAGAGCCCGCGGGCCAUGGCUUGA